UGGGGCACGUUUAAAGGUAUUUAUAACAGGGAGAUUUGAAUUCAAACAAUGGUGUACUCGCUGUGAGGAACCGAGUCUCUGUGCACAGUAAGCGUGUUAGUAUAAAAUAAAAUAAAAUAAAACAAAAUUUGGAGUCUGCUAAACAAAAAUUCCGGGUAAGAGGGGUAGUUAACGAUGCAUGCUGUGACCAACAAAGCACGCCAUCUAACUGAAAAUGUCAAGCCGAACGCAGAGGGGCCCAAGCGGGUCCCCGUGUCUCAGGUCGGUCAGGGCGCCACGGUGACCCAGCCUCCUCGGGUCCUAGGCUUGAGCAAUGGCCCCCAGCGCGUCCACAAGCCGGGGAGCCCUCCGAAACCGCCGACCCAAGGCCAGACCGCCAAGCCCAAGCAGUCCGGCGGCCAGAAUGCUCCGCUGCACAGUCAGAGCCAACGAAGUCAGUCCGCGAAGAGCUCUGCCACUGGUGCUCCGCUCACGCCUGCCCAGACCAAUGUCGCGGCCCAACAGACCGCUGAUAAACCCAGAGCCACAGAAUCCUCGGGAACAAAGGAGUGCUGGAGUCUGGAUAACUUCGACAUCGGCCGCCCCCUCGGGAAGGGCAAGUUCGGGAACGUGUACCUGGCCCGGGAGCGGCAGACCAAGUUCAUCCUGGCGCUCAAGGUUCUGUUCAAAAAGCAGCUGGAGAAGGCCGGGGUGGAGCACCAGCUCAGGAGGGAGGUGGAGAUCCAGUCCCACCUCAGGUACCUCCCCGUUCACCUUUACACUGGCUUUUUCCACGAUGGGCGUGUACUUUCUGAGUUCGCCCCCCGGGGGGAGCUGUACAGCGAGCUGCAGCGGUGCGGCCGAUUCGACGAGAGGAGGAGCGCCACGUACAUCGCGGAGCUGGCAGACGCUCUGCACUACUGCCACACUAAGAAGGUGAUCCACAGAGACAUCAAACCCGAAAACCUGCUGCUGGGCUCCGGGGGGGAGCUCAAAAUCGCAGAUUUCGGCUGGUCUGUCCACACCCCCUCCUCCAGGAGGUCCACCCUGUGCGGGACGCUGGACUACCUGCCCCCCGAAAUGAUCGAGGGGCGCACCCACGACGAGAAGGUGGACCUGUGGAGCCUGGGCGUGCUGGCGUACGAGUUCCUGGUGGGAAAGCCGCCCUUCGAGACCAAGAGUCACGAGGAGACGUACCGCAAGAUCUCCAGGGUGGAGUUCAGUUACCCCGCCCACAUGAGCGCAGAGAGCCGCGACCUGAUUGGCCAGCUGCUGAAGCACAACCCCCUGCACCGGCUCCCGAUCCAGGGGGUCCUGCAGCACCCCUGGGUCCUGCAGCACUCUUCCAAACGUCCCGCCUCCGUGCCCAGCCCCGCCCCGGUGCCCCCCCCUGCCCCAGCAACUGGCCCCGCCCCUGGGCCUGGCCCCGCCCCGGCAACCCCAGUGACCGGUCCUGCCCUGGCGACCCGCUCCACCCCAGCCACUGGCCCCGCCCCCGGCCCCUGAGGGGGGGGGCUGCCCGUUUGAGACGUUUUAAUUCAUGUGACUGUUUUUUUACCUGCCGCUAGGACCUGUGCAAUGUCAGCGGUGCAAUGUCUUAAGGGCAGUCUUAAGGGUGGUCUUAUGGGCUGUCUGAAGGACCGUCUUAAGGGCCGUCUUAAGGGUGGUCUUCAGGGCAGUGGCUGCUAGCCACUUUGUAAAUACUUGAAAAUUAAAAUUAUGAAAUGCUAUUUUUUAAAGAUAUCUAACUGAAGCCCGUAAUAACGUGAACAAGGAAUUAAGUUUUGAAUUUUUGUUUUAUUACUUUUUAAAUUUUGAAGUUAAUAUUGCCUGGUGUAAAUUAGUUUGUAAAAAUUUCAAGGUAGCCUGUAUACAUAUACUGAAUUCCAGUGCAUGUCAUGAUAACGUUGUCAUUGUCAGAUUUCUUUCCAGUUAAAAAUAAAGUUAUGAAAAACAA